AUGCGGGAAUUUCUACGCAAACAAUGGGAAAAACUUGGUUUAUUAAUUGACUAUGAACGAGCUAGUUUCACCCUAAACCCUAUUAUUCAGCAGCAAGUUAGAGCAGCCUUUGUUAAACUUUACCAGGAGGGACUAAUUUACCGAGGUAAAAAAUUAGUAAACUGGGAUCCCCAAUUAAAAAGUGUAAUUUCAGAUAUUGAAGUGGAACAUAAACCGAGCAAAAGCAAACUAUAUUAUUUAAAAUAUCCGCUUCGCAAUAGCAAUAAUUACUUAUUAGUAGCAACUAGUCGCCCCGAAACUAUUUUUGCUGAUGUGGCCUUCAUUAAAAUUGAUUUUGGCAGUGGAGUUUUGAAAUGCACCCCCGGACAUGACUUUACUGAUUAUGAAUUAGGAAAAAAAUAUCAAUUACCAAUUAUUAGUUGUUGCAAUGAACAAGGUAUUUUAAAUGAAUUAGCCAGUCAGUGGCAAGGACAAGCAAUUAGUAGCAUUCGUGAAGAAUUGGUGGCUAAGUUAGUUGAAAAAGACAUUUGUGUAAAAAUUGAGGAGUAUGAAACCAAUUUGGCUUAUUCUUCCAAGUCUGGAACGGUCAUUGAACCCUUACUUUCUCAACAGUGA